AAAAUGUAUAGUCAAACAUACGAAGAUGAGGCUCCUAUCCCCCUUAUAGCCAACUACACAGUUGUGAAAGAUGAUGAAGAGAAACGGGACCCAGAGGAUCGAGUCAUUCUAGAAAUAGGACGCCAAGAUGAUAAGCCUAAAGAAGAACACACAUUCUCACAUAAGAAGUACGAUAAGACGAUUUCACAUCAUAGAUCUUAUGUGUUAGAAGAUUAUGAACCAAGAAGGAUAUAUUUUAGACCUCAUGAAUUAGACCACAACGCUGGAGAAGGUCCUAGAUUCUUCGAGCAAGACUACAGAGACGCGGUCACGAUACCAGAUAUCGCCAACUCGGAGUCAUCCCUGGAUUACUCCCACGAGUCUCAGGAUACUUCUAAGUACGGCAAUGAUGAUGUCAACCAAGACACCAUGCUGAAUUGGAAGGAGAGGGCCAUGCAGCUUGAGAAAGAAUACAAGAAAACUGCGUGCGACCGGGAGCGGACUCGCAUGAGGGAUAUGAAUCGCGCUUUCGAUCUGCUGCGCUCGAAGCUGCCAAUCACCAAGCCUUCUAAGAAGAAAUAUUCCAAAAUCGAGUGCCUUAGGAUAGCCAUUUGUUACAUUAGACAUUUGGAGUAUAUGCUGGCGGGAGGGUCGGCAGACGAGAACCCUGCCUUCUUCGAGCUUCACGCCUCGGACCUUAGACGGAGGCAGCAGAGAUAUUAGCCAAAAUACCAUAGAGUAGAAUGCUACAAA